AUGGCCCCAGCGAGCCAGGCGGCGAUGGUCUGGGCGACGGCCAUCGCGGUGAUGUUCGGAUCGGCGCUGGCCAUCGCGAUCCUGUCCGCGUGGAUUGGAUACCGCGCGCACAAGGCUCGAGCGCGGUUCCUGAAGGGUCUCUGGGAGCUGGUGAGAGAUCACGACGACCAGAUCGCCCAGGCGGAGGCCCCACUUGGAGGGGAGCAUCUGGCGAUCGUGGAGAGCGGCAUCAGCAGACACGCGCAGACGAUUCCGAUCAAGCACUACUGGACGUGGAGUACGACGGAGCUGCGCGAGGAGCGCCUGCGCUUGGGCAGCUAUCGAGGACAGCUCAAGUUGCAGAUAAUCAAAGACCUGCUGAACGAAGCAGACCGCCAAUGA